AUGGCUUGCGAUCGCGACGAAAAGUCGACGGAUGUACCGAUGGCUGAGGUGCCUCCUGCCUCCAAACCUCCAAGCUCGAGUCGUUCUCGACACAUCGCAAUAUAUACAAUCGUCUUUACCGUCUGUAUCUCAAUAUACAGCUUGCUCUUCCUUCUCGGUCCACACUUUAAUCCAACUACGACUAAACCUUCCUCUUUGAACGAUAUGUCCUGGCUGGAGGAUGACUGGCCGGAGGAGCCCGUCGAGCCCUUUGACCCGAUUAAGCGCUAUAGUAUAGCGUAUGGCAAGGUCGCUUGCUGGCAGAACGAAGGUGUCUGGAUACAGGAUCUCGCGCCAGUUGAGCUAUCAUCCAUCGGCGUUGACCGCUUCCAAGACACGGAACGGUCACUUAAUCAAACAGAGGAGGACGAAUUCUGCACACGCCUACGCAUGUGCGGCGCCAGCUUCUGGUCGCUGCCUCCUCGCUGGCCUGAACAUAUUAACUGGUGUGAGUCUAUCGACCACUGCGUCGAGCCAGACAUCAAUGUGAACCUCACUACAGCCUUUCCUAAAAGCGGUGGCGUAUGUGUGCUCGAUAACACCCAAGGCUGGGAAAAGUUCUCCCCUAGGGGUCUGGGUUUGUAUAACGCGCUGACGAUGGAGGAGAGGUGCAACGUUAUCAAGAGACUAGGCGGGAAGUUCUGCGAGAGUAUGCAGGCAUGCCCGGAGACGGCUGCCCUACUUGGCGACAUGGAGGUUGUGAACAGGAGUUUGGAAUAUGACUAA